AUGUCAUUCUCUUCGGCCAGUCCUCCAUCGGCUGGCUCUGAAGCUGACUGUCGUCGGCCUUCUCACCGAAAGGACUUCCAGAUUGCGAUCAUAUGUGCUUUAUCGCUCGAGUAUGAUGCUGCCACUCUUCUUAUCGAUGAGUUCUGGGACGAGGACGAUAAGCAGUACGGACGGACUUCUGGGGACGCCAACACAUAUCGCAACGGGCGAAUCGGCAUGCAUAACGUCGUGCUCAUGCUUCUACCAAACAUGGGCAAAGCCGCAGUUGCUGGCUCGGCAGCCAGCCUGCGGACGAGCUAUUCAAGCUUGAGAGUCGCCUUUCUUGUGGGAGUCUGUGGCGGAGUCCCUUUCCUUGGGUCACAAGAAGCGCUGCUGGGAGACGUGGUGAUUGGCGAGUCCAUCAUCCAAUAUGACUUUGGCAGACAGUAUCCCGGCGAAUUUGUUCCUAAAGAGGCCAUUGAUGCUACCCAAAAUGUGCCAAAUAAAGACAUCCGCACCCUGCUGGCCUAUUUCAAAUCCGAGAUGGGGAUGAAAGACCUACGGAAAAGCACCGCCAAUCACUUGAGAGUUUUACAACAGACGGCAGAAAUGAGGCGUUACCGACGAUGUUACAGCUACCCGGGGCCCACCGAAGACAGACUAUUUGAAGCAGCCUAUCGCCAUAAGCAUCAAGAUCGAUCAUGCUGUGGUGAGGUUGAAAGGUUCUGCGACGAGGCUGCACAAUCUGCCUGUGCAGAGGUGGGAUGCGACGAGAAACAACUCGUCACUCGGCAGCGGCUAGAAGCAAAGCGAUACCUUAAGGCGGAAGAGGCGCAAGGUCCAGAAAUUUACAUCGGACGUGUUGCAUCAGCAGAUACGGUCAUGAAGUCGGGGAUCCAUCGGGACCAGAUCGCCAAACAGCACAACAUCCUUGCCUUCGAGAUGGAGGGCGCCGGCCUUUGGGACGAGGCUCCCUGUAUCGUCGUCAAGGGCAUUUGUGACUAUGCUGACAGCCACAAGAACAAGAAUUGGCAGCCCUUUGCAGCGGCAACGGCGGCAGCCGUGGUAAAAGCCAUGCUGGGACGAUAUACCAUAACAGAUGAUGUCGAACUUCCCGCCCCUAAUGGAACAGAAAGGGGCUCAGUGUUGCUAGUAGACUCUAUUCUCUUCUACAGUCCGUGA